GACGGAUAAUGUCAACGCUUCAACUCCUGAACCUUAAACAGUGAGCUCGUUGUCCGUGCGAUCCCUCUCUCUCUCCUUCAUACCCAGAAAACUUUCCCUAGACCCCUCCAUCGUGUUUCCCCGGCUUCGGAAUCGAGCAUCACUUCCGUCACAGAAACCUUCCCCUCCUCCCUUUCCUCAUCACUCUGCCGUCCUUUUCGGUUUUACGGUAUUCUCCUUGGAUCUGUGCUUCAACCCCGUGCUCAUUCCUAGCACAGCUUCACCGGUUACCGGCACCUGCAUAAACUUGAUCUUCUGUGUUGCCGUUUCCGCCUGACAGGGAGGGGAGGAAGGCUUGUCCACUUGGCAAGCAAGCUGUUCUGACGGUUCCAAAUUAUCAUAGAUAUCCUACCCUCCUCUUGGUUUUCUUCCGCUUUUUACACUUUCACUUCUUCCCACUUACCCACCCACCUCCUCCUCCCUUUCCCUCUUCUCGCCGCUCUUCCUCUUUCUUUCUUUGGUGGUCAACGCUGGUUUCGUCAGAGUACUGGGGGUUUUUCACUCUGCCACUGCUACACCUUCGUUAUUCUUAUUCAUAUCUCGACUAUUUUUUAGUAGUUUUUCUAAUUUCCGCUCUCCUUUUGUUUCGUUUCUGCAGCACGGUUCGACUUCAUUUCCUGAUUGUUAUAUUUUAUUCUACUCGUCGCUGGCCGACCCAAUUGCCAACUGCAACCAGACAACUCCCAAGUCUAGCCGCCGGCUUAUUAUAACCAUUUCGGCAGCGAUUUCGCCCCCCGCUUGUCCUUAAAGGUCUAGUUUCCGCCCUUCGGAGAUUUUUUGUAAACCCAGAACUACUAAAAAUCGAUCAACGAAAUGAGUCAAGAAUCAUGGUGGCAUCGGGAGUUGACGGGGAGAAGAUUGCUAUUUUGGAUAUUUUGGUGGGGUAUACAUUGGGGACUGUUCGCUUUUGGAUGGUGGAAGCAAGCUGUUGACCCCAGACUGGCCGGUCUCAACACCCUUCAAUAUUCGGUGUGGAUGUCGCGGGGUGCUGGGUUGGUUCUGUGUUUUGAUGGUGGAUUGAUUGUAUUGCCUAUGUGCCGAAAUAUCUUGAGAGUUGUUAGGCCCAAGAUCAAGUGGCUGCCGUUGGAUGAGAGUCAGUGGCUCCAUAGACAGACAGCCUAUGCCUUACUCCUAUUCAGUAUCAUUCACACACUAUCACAUUAUGUCAAUUUUUACAAUGUCGAAAAGACCCAGAUUCGACCAGUGACAGCUCUGCAGAUUCAUUACGCUCAACCCGGAGGAAUCACAGGGCACGUUAUGCUUUUCUGUAUGAUGUUGAUGUACACAACUGCCCAUCACAAAAUAAGACAACAGUGCUUCGAGGCGUUUUGGUAUACGCAUCACCUUGCACUUAUCUUUUUCCUUGCCCUCUAUACUCAUGCCGUUGGGUGCUUCGUUCGUGAUACACCUGAGCCAUACUCUCCCUUCGCCGGAAACAUUUUCUGGAAGCAUUGUAUUGGAUACCAGGGUUGGCGGUUUACUCUCUGGACAUUUGCCAUCUACUUCCUUGAGCGGGUAUGGAGGGAAGUACGAGCACGAAAGCAGACUGAAAUCACCAAGGUCGUCAAGCAUCCGUAUGGUGCUAUGGAAAUUCAAUUCAAGAAACCAUCGAUGAAGUACAAAUCCGGACAAUACCUUUUCCUUCAGGUCCCUGCUGUGUCUCGAUUCCAGUGGCAUCCAUUUACUAUCACUUCCUGUCCAUCAGAUCCAUACAUUUCCGUCCAUAUCCGCCAGGUUGGUGAUUUCACCAAGGCACUGGGCGAGAUGCUUGGCGCUGGUUCAGAUGCACCGGGAAUGGAGGGGCUCGAUCCCAUGGGUCAAUAUGAUAUUGCUGUACGGAAUGGAAUGAGCAUGCCCACUUUGAGGAUUGAUGGACCAUACGGGGCGCCAGCUGAAGAUGUGUUUGAUAAUGAGAUUGCUGUACUUAUCGGCACCGGCAUUGGUGUCACGCCAUGGGCCUCUAUUCUGAAGAACAUCUGGCACAAGCGCGACAACCCCGGCUCAGCACCACUGCGUCUUCGUCGUGUAGAGUUCAUCUGGGUUUGCCGUGACAUUUCUUCGUUCGAGUGGUUCCAGAAUCUUCUAUCCUCAUUAGAGCGACAGGGCGGCUCCAAGUCUAACGAGUUCUUGAGAAUCCAUACGUAUCUCACCCAAAGACUCGAUGCCGAUACGGCUCAAAACAUUGUACUCAAUAGCGUCGGAAUGGAGGUUGACCCCUUGACUCAACUGAGAACCGGAACACAAUACGGUCGCCCUGACUUCCCCAAGCUCUUCGCGACAAUGAGGGACGGGAUCAUGGAUCAAUCAUACAUCACUGGAUUGGAGGGGACAUUAAGGACAAACGUCGGUGUAUACUUCUGCGGGCCUAGCGUUGCAGCAAGAAGUAUCCGGAAGGCUUGCGUAAAAGCUUCAACACCAGAAGUUAACUUUGGCUUCUGGAAGGAACACUUCUAAAUCGAUAUUGCCAUCUCCUCCGACAAAUCUCCUCCUGAUCUGUUUUUCUAUAUCUCUGAUUUGCAUGUUGGUGUUGCUGCUACUGCAGAGGAAGAAUUCCCUUUAUUUCCCAAGAAUCCUCAUGGAUGAUAAGCAUAAAUAGUUGAGCGCUGUCUGGUGUUGUAUUUUUUUUUUUUUAGUACUGUUGUUGAGGUGAUUAUGCUGGUUCUUUGAAUAUCUUAUGACACUCUCUUCAUUUUCUCAUUCUUCUGCACUGUGUUAGUCACGGCAUCUCGGGCGACUCCGAGAUGGAUAUUAUUUUAUUCCCUGAAUAAGUUCAUGUAAUUAGUAACUUUGAUACCCAGACA